UAUAAACCCCUAACAUUGCUAUCGAGCGUAGUCUCUCUGUCACAGCACUACAUCUCUAUGUAACGUUUGCUCCAGCUGCGGCAGUCCAGUUGUACAUGAGAGGGAACAAAACUCCAGUCCUCUCGGAUAUAUUUCUAUAUUUAAAUCGGAGGUGUCACGGGAGAACUUCCUUGGGAAAAGAAGCAAGAAGGAUGAGUUCCGCCCGCCUGCUCCUCCAGCAGCCGUUGUUCGGCACAGUCCGGUGGUCGCCCCCGCUGACAGUGAGCAGCGGCUCGGACACAAGCGGCAGCCAGCCCUCACUGUGGAGACCUUGGUUAUCCAGCAGCAGGGACGGACCCAAGCAAUUCCCACGGAGCAGGCUGUCCUCUCCUUACUCCAGACCAACAGUGCCAGGCUGCGUUUCAUCAGAUUGGAAAUCUCAGGCCUUCCAGCACCCUGUCAGGCUGUUCUGGCCCAAAUCAAAGUCAUUUGACUAUCUGUACAGCGACGGAGAGGCCCUGCUCAGGAACUUCCCCAUUCAGGCAACCAUCAGCUUUUAUGAUGAGUCUGACAGUGAGGAUGAGAACGAGGAGGAAUGGGAGGAGCAUGGUAACUCUGAGGAGUGCCUCAAACAGCAGUGUCAUUUCACUUCCUACAACUGAGUGACAGGGAGCCUCCUGGGAAAUGGCUGACAGACUGCAGUCUCCUUUCUGUGUGCAAUGACUGUUUGUACUCACUUAAUUGGUUUAGACUGCAUUUGAAAGCGUGGUGCUGGUGCUCUUUGCUCUGUGCUCCAAAAACAGCUGAGCAAGCCUCGGACUGAACCUCGCUUAACUUUCUCCUGUCCUGCAGGAAGGGUCGGUUGUGCAGUGGUAUGCAGUAUCUGCAUAUCUCUGGUGCUGUGUCAUGUUCUCCCAUAUUGGGACGUUUACAGUCAAUCUCAGGGUCUGAUUCUUCCCACUGUAUAUAGAAUGUAAUCUACACACAUUUAUAAUUUAUCAUGUACAUUUUACAUAAUUUGUACUUAAACUUAUAUUUAUGUUGAUGUUUUUUUAUUUUUUUUGGCAUUUUAUUGCCUUUAUUGUAUAGUGACAGCUGAAGAUA